ACUCUUCCAGACUCUCUCGGUCCAGAGGAGCAUGAUGAUGACUUUCCCCAACGAGACCGAUGAGAUGAGCUUCUCCUUCUCCUCCCUCUCUCUAUCAAACCCACCCUCCCCCUCUUCCUCCCUCUCCUUCUCUCCCACACCGUCCCUCUCCAUCUCCCUCACCUCCAACCCUUCCUCCUCCUUCGCCUUCUCCCUCUCCACCUCCUCCUUCUCUCCGUCCAACUGCUCCAGCUCUCCAUCGCCCUCCUCCCCUCCCUAUAACUUCUACGCCGUGCUGCUGGUGCUGCUUAUCUUCUGUGUGGUGUUUGGCAACGUGCUAGUUUGCGUGGCGGUGUCGCGUGAGCGUUGUCGAGACGUGACGGUGGUGAGGGUAUUGUUGGAUGCUGGUGUGUGUGGAGGUGACUGUGUGGGCAGUGGUGCAUGCGUGUGGUGGUUGGACGUGGAGGGGGUGGGGUGAGUUGUGUGUGGAUCGUGUGUGUGUGUGUGGAGAGGUGGACGGUGGUGAGGGUGAGUUGUGUGUGGAGAUGGCGGUGUGUGUGUGUGGAGAGGUGGACGGUGGUGAGGGUGAGUUGUGUGUGGAGAUGGCGUGUGUGUGUGUUGUGGAGAGGUGGACGGUGGUGAGGGUGAGUUGUGUGUGGAGAUGGCGGUGUGUGUGUGUGUGGAGAGGUGGUCGGUUGGUGAGGGUGAGUUGUGUGUGGAGAUGGCGUGUGUGGGAUGUGGUGUGUGGUGGUGUGGACGAUGGCGAUGGGUGGUGUGUGUGGAGAUGGCGGUUUGUGUGGAGAGGUGGUCUGUGGUGAGGGUGAGUUGUGUGUGGAGAUGGCGGUGUGUGUGUGCGGGGUGUGUGUGUGGUGAGGGUGGUUGUGUGUGGAGAUGGCGGUGUGUGUGUGUGUGUGUGGAGAUGGCGGUGGGUGUUUGUGGGUUUGUGUGUGUUUCUAUCCAUCUGGCAGCCAGUGUUUUUUGUCUCUCUUUAAUUUGUCUGUCUCGCUCCCUAUCUUUACCUCCUAGUCUCUCUACACUAGGUCAUUCGAAGGUGUUUCAAAAACCCCCCUCAGAUAAUGUCAAGGUAGCAUGAUAAAUAACAGAAGCUACAGUUGGUUCCAAUCAACAGUUUCUUGUUGAUCUGAAUCUGACUUUGUUCUCCUUUCUUCCAGUCUAUAAUGCAUAAGCAUGGCUACAUCCCAAAUGGCACCCAUAUUCCCUAUGUAGUGCACUACUUUUGACCAGGGCCAUGUAUUUCAAACCACUGCUGUUCCGGAGCACAUGUAAUUACCACUCACGCGUGUGUUUUGUUCAUACUGUAUGUGUCCCUUUCCUAGGUGGUAGGGGAGUGGCGCUUCAGUCUCAUCCACUGUGACAUUCUCCUGACCCUGGACGUCAUGAUGUGUACUGCCAGCAUCCUCAACCUCUGUGCCAUCAGCAUCGACAGGUACUCACACUCUUUCUAUCUAUCUAUCUAUCUAUCUAUCUAUCUAUCUAUCUAUCUAUCUAUCUAUCUAUCUAGAGUAUAUAUCUAACUACAGUAUCUAUCUAUCUACAGUAUCUAUCUCUCUCUUUGUCUAUCUGUCUGUCUCGCUCUUUCUCACUCUACUCCCAUCACUCUCUUCUCACACUCUCUCCAAAAUCUGGAUUGAUUUCAUAGUGCCCUUGCAGCAAAAACAUUUCCUGAUGGGAAAUGUAUUUUUUAUGGUUUGUUAUUGUUGUUUUCCCAUAAAGAAAACAAUUUCCCAUCAGGAAAAGAUUUCCUAUCUUUUCGGGUACCCUCCUCCCUUCGCAAGUAUCAUUAUCUUCUUCUUAACAUAAGCUUAUUUUGUCCAACCAAAUCCAUCACCUUUUAAAACCAGUGAAAGACAUUGACAAUUUCAGCAGCCUCAAUACUUGUAGCCUUGUUUGUCCUUUUGUAGACUGAAUCCCUCUAAAUGUGAAGCCAUGUCUCAGGGCUUAGUGUGGUUACUGUUCUUUGUUCGUGUCUGUCCCUGACCACCAGCCCUGUGGAGGGAUGACAGUCUCCUCUCCUCACACCAGGUUUUCUAUGGAGGACUCUUAGAUUGGUUUGUCACGCUGCUGCACUGUGAAACUGACUUGGACAGCUUUUGUUUGUGUUUGCCUGGUGAAUGAGAGGAACUGACAAUGCAAUUAAACUGUGUGUGGGCGGUGGUGGCCAAGGUGUUCAUGUGCGUGUAUGUAGGUGUUAGCUUUAAAUACAGCAUUUGUGUGUGUGUUUGUGUGCAGGUACACGGCGGUGGCAAUGCCCAUGCUGUAUAACACCAGAUACAGCUCCAGGAGGAGGGUGGCUCUGAUGAUUGCUGUCGUGUGGUUCCUCUCCUUCGCCAUCUCCUGCCCUCUGCUGUUUGGACUCAACAACACAGGUAUGCCUGUCUCUCAGUCUCUGCCUCUGUGUCUGUCUCUGUGUAUGUAUCUGUCUCUCAGUUUCGAUCUCUGUCUGUUUCUGUCUCUCUCUCCUUUUCUCUGUCUCUCGCUGUCUCUUUAUCCGAAUCACGUUCUGCGCUUGUUAUUUUACACACACAUUCACAUUUCUCUCUUUACUCACCCUCAAUCAAUUUGAUCGAUAUGAUGAUGUAGCCUAUGUCUCUGCCUCAUAUUUCUGAACAGCUUCAAUUUGAACGAACGUUCCCAAAAAAUAUAUAAAGGCAGCAACCUUCUCUGUCUGUUGUAACGGAUAUUGCCGUAGCGCAAGCAAGACGCAGUCUACACAUUGCAUUGGGGCAAAACAAUUAGCGUUUUGUGUGAUGGUGUAAUCUUUAUAGUUAUGCUGCCAUAUAGCCAGCAGUCUGCCUCCUGUUUAGCCAAUGUUUCCAAUGAUGUUGAAAAAAGAACAUUAAAUCGCUAUUGACUGCCUGUCUGUCUUGUUUGUUUGAUAUACUGUGUAGGCUACAUAUAGCUUGCCUAAAUAGCUGCACGUAAUUCCCCUCCUGAAAAAAAUAACAUGAAAUUGCUAGACAACCUCCUUGUGUAGUGCUUACGUUUGCAAUAGCCUACGGUUACAACAGACAAAGAACUACGUUUGUUUGAACUGUUUUGUGUACAAGCGGCAGCGAAGUCACGGGGUGACUGAGCACGGAGCAGCAGCUGAAAGGAGGUAGGCUAGUGGAUCCCGCAUGCACACAAAUCUCCGUAUUUUUAGCAACAGCAAGUCGGGUUCCAGAAGAUCCGGAACCGCAGCCACUCCGAUUAAUCUAUUAAAUCACAAGUGCGCUAGUGUCAUUUACUCAUUCAAUCUAGGAGAGACAUAAACAUGACAUGGGAAGCCACACGUGCAGAAACACACACUCUUUUUGUAAUUAGCUAUGUAAAAUAACCCUUGCAAUCUUCCAGUCCAUCUGUCUUAAGCCUGGAAGAAGAUUGCAGCCCUACUGGAUAUCUUAGUAUCACCAGUUGGUGAGAGACAGAAUGAAUAAUCAGUUAGAUAGGCCUACAUCUGUUUAAUCAUGACGCCCAGCUAUGCAGUAACUGCAAUCACUAAGAACGCACGCACUACCACUUACUAACAGCUUUCAGGUCUGUUUGCUUUAAUCAGUCAAUGGUUUCAAUGAAAGAGCGGCUCAUUGAUUUGCCUGUCGGUCCACAACCACAAUACAGAAUGUUUACCAAUGAUGCAGGUGUCAUUUUAAGUCAGAGGACGUGAGCAUCAGCACGUUUCGCUUAAGACGGUAUUUUGAUUUUUAAAAAUCUUGUUGGAGCGGGAGCUCGUGCGAAAAAACGCAAACUGAGGUUUGGAACAUAAGCUCCUACUUUGAGGACGGGGCUGAAGAGAGUACUGCUUUCGUGUGCAAAGGCUGCACAGCUUGAUGCAACUGAAUGGCAACAACCACUCGAGCUGGAGUGGCCAACACUAAAAGCCAAUUUAUGCUUGAUCCGAAAAUGUGGUCGGAGGGUGUGAGGCACGCAGAGGCCAAAUCAUGGCUGUGUGGCCUCUCAAAUGUUGGAACAAUGCGGAGGGCUUUGUAUAGCUCCGCAUUGACAUGAUUGGUUGACGGUAGGUGAGGGCGGGAGGUCCUGUAUAAACACACAAACAGUUCCUUGAGAACUUCCUUCGCAACAGCUCUGUGCUGCUUGGCAAAGCGCAAGAAGUAUAAAUGCCCUGAUUUGUGCGGAGGCCAUAUCGCAGUAAAUGCUCUACGGCCACUGCAGAUGUCAGAUUGAGCCUUUAAUCUGCCAGUUAACAUUCAGUAACCUUCGAGAGCGCCUUUGAAUGCACUGCUGGGAAAACAAGAUGAUUGGCAUUCAGGGUCACCAUGUGUCCUAUAGAAAGGCUAUGUUUAUUUUGUAUAUGGGGAGGCUUGAGUUUAUUGGAUUGGACCUCCCACCUAAACAUCCAAUUCAACAGAAAGGCAGUAUUUAAAGCACCUUCUUACAGUGUACAGAAUAUAGUAAUUUGCUAGCAGCUGUAUACUGUUGAAAUUAUUAAUCUAGAUUGUAGUUUGUUAUGCGAUAGGCCGUGGCCUGGUCUUAUAAGAAGCAGAUUUGAUAUGCCUUUCAGAUUUGAUAUGCCUUUCAGAUGUUGCAUCCAGCCUGAAUAUGGAGAGAACAAGCCAAUGCCUGAUGCUCAUGUACCUGUCUUCCCUGGAGCUAAACCAGGCUUUUACUUGGUUGCCACACCAUUACGGAGUGGACUCUGACAUAUUUAACAGCUUUGACAUCUUUAACAGCGUUGACAUCUUUGGCUAUCUGACAAGAACUGUAGAGAAAAACGUCUCUCUUGCUUUAACAUUCACCUCCUCCCACCUGUCCCCACUCCCAAACAACAUGGCUGUAUUUCUAUCCACCUCUUCUCAUCCCCUUCACUCCAUCAGCCAGUCGGGAGGAGACCAAGUGUGACUUCGCUGAUCCGUCCUUCGUGGUCUACUCAUCCGUGGCCUCCUUCUACGUUCCUUUCAUCGUGACCCUGCUGGUGUACGUCCAGAUCUGUGUGGUGCUGCGGAGGCGGGGCAGACGCACCGUGCCCCGCAGACACGGCCUGCACCCACAGGGAGGAGGCAAGACGGGGGAGGGCCACAGGCACAGGAAGGUUCAUGAUUAGUCAAUCAAUCUAUCAAUCAACUAAUCAGCCAGUCAUCAAUCAAUCAACCCCAUAAAACAGCCAACCAAUAAAUCAGAGGCAGGAUGAGGAAGUCAAAAAAGCUUGAUUUUAGAAGCCAGUAGGUCCAAAAGCAAGCAUCUUUGACUUUCUAUCCCUCAUUCUUUUCUCUCCCUUCAUCCUCCACUUGUAUCACCUCUCAGAAUAAGUGUACCCACCCCGAGGAUGUGAAGCUGUGCACUCUGAUCAUGAGGCCCCCCACCAAUGCCCCUCAAUGCAAGAAAGUGGUAAGUCGCUGGAACACUGUGAGUCACUGUACAGGGGAACCACUGUGACCAUAAAGUUGGAUUACGAAAUCUCCUAUAAUAUGAGCCUUAGAUUUGAACUACAGUACAUAUCUCUCCAUCUCUCGCUGUUUCUCUGUCUGUUAUUUGUCUCUCCCUUCCCAUCUUUUCUGUCUGUCUGUCUGUCUGUCUCUCUCUCUCUCUCUCUUUCUCUCUCUCUCUCUCUCACUUAUUUUUUCUCUCUCGAUCUCUCUCCUUUUUCUCUCUCUCUCCCCCUGCCCUAUUAGACGUUAGUGAAGGAGGCGGUAGUGCACCCCCUGGAGGAGGAGCCUGUGGGGCGUGGUUUCCUGUCCCAGUUAGACCAGAGCCUCCCCGCGCCUCACCCACCUCCCCCUUCCGGACGAGCCACCAAGAUCUCCCUUUCUAUCUCGGUGGCGCCUGCACCCAUCCGGGCCCUGUCCCCGUCGGUGGCACCACGCUCUGCCCUCGUACCCCGCUGUGCCACCUUCGAGGAUGGCAUGAGUGGCCGCGAGCGAUGGAGGGAGCGCAAUGCAGACAGGGAGAAGGGAGCGAUGGUGAAGGAGAUGGUGAAAGGAACUCUGUCGCAGCAGAAGGAGAGGAAGGCGACGCAGAUGCUGGCUAUCGUGCUAGGUGAGAGAAACAGGAGGAGACAAUGAGGGUGGCUGAACAGAGAGUGUUUCAGCCAGUCCCAAUUCACUCCCUACCCCUUCCCCUUGGCCCCUCAAUGUUUGAAGAUCUGAAGGGUCUGGAUAAGCAGUGUAGUGGUGGAGUUUGCACCACAUUGCUUCCACCAUAUAGAUCUGUCACUAUCUUUAGGGAAGGGGCAGAGAGUGAAUUGAGACUGGCUCACACCCUUUCAUUCUCCUCCCUCCUCCAUCAGGUGUGUUCAUUAUCUGCUGGCUGCCCUUCUUCCUAACCCACGUGCUGAAGGCCCACUGUGGCAGCUGCUGUAUCUCGCCCUCCCUGUACAGUGCUGUCACCUGGCUGGGCUACCUCAACAGUGCCGUCAACCCCGUCAUCUACACCACCUUCAACAUCGAGUUCCGCAAGGCCUUCAUCAAGAUCCUAAACUGCUGAGUACAGGGAAGGGGAGGGGGGAGGAAUGACAAGUUUGAAAAGUGUUUUAGUUGAGAGAGGCAAAAAAAGGUCAGAGACUAGAAAUAAAAGUAAAGAAGGGAAAGAGAGGGGUGAAAACAAAGACAAGAAGGGGAGGGAGGGAGAGAGGGGAAGAGGGACACAGGGAGAAAGGCGACAGAGAAGAUAAUAAAGAGAAUCUAAGAGGUCAAACAGAAGAGCAAGUGGAACAAGACAGAAAUACCAAAUCAAAAACAGCCUUGAGAAUUCUAAAGAGAUUAUGUAGACUUCUGUGAAUAUAAAACAUAGCAGGGAGAGAGAAAUAUUCUAAAGGUUCUAUGGGAAGAGAUGAGUCUCAUGGGGUAGGGCACAAACAGUGGCAAAAGACAGGCUACAGUGGCAGAAGACAGGCUACAGUGGCAGAAGACAGGCUACAGUGGCAGAAGACAGGCUACAGUGGCAGAAGACUGUCCCACUCCGUGUGAGGAUGACAAAGUAAGUGGUGGGCCUCCUGUAGCUCAGUUGGUAGAGCAUGGCGCUUGCAACGCCAGGGUUGUGGGUUCGUUUCCCAUGGGGGGCCAGUAUGGAAAAUGUAUGCACUCACUCACUGUAAGUCGCUCUGGAUAAGAGUGUCUGCUAAAUGACUAAAAUGUAAGUGUAUUGCUCUCUGAUACCGCUCUGAAAUAUACUGUCAAAGGGUCUGCAGACAUUGUCCUGUUUUUACUCAGAUACAGUUAUUUACAGUUUGUAAAUUACGUUAAUUAAAUUACAGAGGUAAUCUUUUAAGGAGAUACACAAUCAAUCUGCACCAUCAAGCAUGAUUUUUCUCCAAUAGCAGUCUUGUUGUGUCGUCCCAAUGUAAACAAGCCUAUAAGAGAUGUAUUAUAUUAUGAACAUGAUGAUGUUGGUGAAGAUAUGAUGCCAUAAUAACAUGGAUGAUAUGAUGCAAUAUGAUGAGCGACUAAUCAAGGUUUGUUCAUAGAGUAUAUGUAUAUAUUAUUGCUUAGAGUUUGUUCAUGUGAGCUCUGCUGUAAAUAGCUGUAUUACUAUUAUCGUACAGAUAAAUGUAAUAAAUUAUAUUCUACUCAUGUUGUUGCUAGUCUAUUUCAAGUUUGCUGUACUGCAGGGUUGGGGCCAAUUCGAAUUGAAGUCAGUCAAUUCUGGAAGUAAAGAUAUUUUCCAAUUGAAUAAUACUGUAGAAAAAAGUGCUAUUUUCAAUGACGGCUUAAUCAGCUGAGAAGGAGAAGCUAUUUCAAAAGUCUUCCCGUUUUGGGAUUUUAAAUUCAAAUCACUUCCUGAAUUGACUGACUUCAAUUCAAAUUGACCCCAACCCUGAUGUACUGUACUGGUCAAACAAUAGACAGAAAUUGAUUAAUUGACUAAUUUGUUUUCAAAACUGUUUAAAUACAUUUGCUCUCUACAUUGAUCUUUGGCUCUUCUCUCUCCGCUUCUUUAACCCCUCUGGUGGUGAAGCAGUGUGGCUGCUCCCCAUGCUUGUCUGCCAACACCUAACACCUAACUGUCUGCUGCAGUAACGUGAGAGGCCAAACAAAUGCUGCUGAUGUGAAACCGAACACACACACACACACACACACACACACACACACACACACACACAGGGUAAGUCAUGGUUAGGUCACUAUGACCGUGCGCUUGUGCGUGCCCCCCAUUGAUAACUGUCCCGUCGAUAAACAUACACAAACUGUCCCACACACCAUUCUGUGUUAUUGUCAUACUGUAUGCAAACCAACCUAGUAGAAUAUUUAAAAUGAGAAGCCCUUCAAAUACGAAUUGAUUUAUUUUAUAUUUAAAACAUAAGUAUGUUUGUUUUCAUUCAGUAUACUGUGUAUGUGUCUGUGCACCUGUGUAACUGAGUACCUGUGAGUGUGAAUGACUUGGAGGUACAGUAUUCAUUACCCUCUGUUGUUAAACUCUGACCCUGGCUCACAAUAUUCCAUAUGCAUAUUUCAUGAUCUCCGAUGACAAGAGCACACAUAUAUGUUACAGCCCAACUUUGUCCUGUCCUGAUCGCACCUACCUACCCCCCUUCAGAGGAGAAGAGAAAGAACAAGGAGAGGUAAAAUAGUGGAACUCAUGAGAGGAGAAAGAGAGGGAUGAUGGGGGAGGGGGGGAGAUAAUGAAAAGAUUAGGAAAGGAACUAGGUUGGGUACGGAAGGAGGAGUGCAGGUAGAAGAAGAGUUAAAAGAGGAGUCAUCUGGUGAAAAUAAACUGAAAAAGACCAAGGCUUGGAUUGAAGAUGCAUUUGACAGAAUUGUUGCCACUUUCGCAAGGAUGUUUUUAUUGUGACAUUGGAAUUCCAACUUUGAGUGAAGGAAUAAUAGAUUCAGUUGAAUAAUCCCUGAUGAAGUAGACACACAGCUCUCUAUGGCUUACAUUCAGGUAAGAUCAAUUUAGUAUCUAUCUACACUUGUUUUCUUAACAAAAUGUCCUUGCCUGAUCUACAAUGGGUGGUAUUCGAUUGAUUUCCCAGCAAGCUUCUCAUUUUUAUUCAAAUUCCUUAUAGCUCUAUUUUAGCAAUUAUUACUUUUAUAAUUUUUUCUCUAACUCUCAUGCACACAAUUCUGUCGAUUCAGAAUCGACAGCACAAAACUUGUGGAGGACUUAAUGUGUAUACAGAUAUGUUAAUAAAUCCUGUGUGUGCUUGUUUGUUAGAACAGAGAUUGUAUGAAGAUGUAAACAUUCACACUUAAAACACAUUGUACAGGUUCUUAAAAGCUUUUCUAUAUCUCUGCUAAAGGGCACCUGUGGUCCCUCGGGUACCAGUUCAUCUGGGAUAGGCCCAGAGCUCCCCUCUCUGGUCUGCUCUCCUGCCCAGCCUCAGACCCUCUCUGCUGGAUCCCAACCAGGGCAGACUCCCCCUGGUCAGAUCCAUCCUCCACCACCUGUCACACGCCUCCAACCCCUACAGCAUCGGUCUACUAUCACUCCCCUCGCUCAAACACUCCUCACACCACCCCCUCAGAACCUCCUAGACCCAGACCUCACAAGUAUAGAUAUGAAGGCCUCCAUUUUCCUUCCACGUGCACAACGUCCACGCAAUGAACCCCUCACCCCAUCCCUCAGAACCUGCCCCUCGGUUUCCCUCCAAGUUGCCACUGGGGGUGUACCAGUGGGGGUAUUCCAGUUAUCAUCCUCUACACUAUUUGCACUCAUGGGAAUUCCUACUUACCACUUGGGAAUGGGCAUACCACCACCACCACCCAUUGCCCAUCAGACAGACUCAACCCCAACACCUCUCCCCUCUGAGGUGAAUCUAAAGGCCCAACAGCCCCGAACAGAAGCACGAUUUGAUCCCCUUACGUCCUCCUCUGAGGUACCCAUGGAGGCCCAACCCCCAAAGGCAGUCCCCUCGCCCCCCCAACCCCCUGACAUGGCCUGCUCAGAGGGCCCAAAUUCAGAGACCUCCUUGCCCCUCCCUCCCUGUGAUGGCCCUUUGGAGGUUCCACAGAGGAAGACAUCUAAAGUGGAUGAAGGAUCUGUUGGGUUAACACUCCCCAAAGACUGCCCUGAUGAAGAGCCAGGUAGGCUACUGUACAAUAUUGGAGAGAGAGACUUGAAUACAGGGGUGUAUUCAUUACGGAAAUGGUUUACUGUUUAAGAACCAAACGGAAGCAAACAGAGCAAAACAAGAGUUUCUAUUGGACAAAUUCAGGUAGGUCCCUCCCCGUUUUGUUCCGUUUGCUUCCAUUUAAUAAACAUUUUGCAAUGUUUUGCAACAGAAUUGGAGUAAUGAAUAUGCCCCAAGUCUUACUGGGCUUUUGGUUGAUUAGAUUGUGUUCAUGUCAAGUUGUGAUUUAUCUAUGCUUUGCUUCCAUAGGCACUACCAUUCCUGUAGUUUUUUCACUCAGUGACACUAAUGCUAGCUGUAGCAGUGGCUCUAGUUAAGAAAACAACCCAAAUGGAGGGCUGCUGACUGUGCUGGCACCUAAACAACUUUCACUGUAACUAGAAUAAUAUAUCUUUUUUUAUGUAGGUGAAUGUACCCUUUAUGUGUCUGUCCUUGAGCACCACAGUCCUCCUGGCUGUACCAUUAACCUUUCCGUGGUUGUAUAAUACACAUUGUUGAUUGCAUAAAUGUUCAAACCUAUUCCUGGGCAGACAUGUCAACCACACAGGGCCAGAUAUUAUACGUCUCGAAACUUGAUAAUGUACAUUUCUAUGAAGGUUAUACACGUACUUGUUAAAAGCACUUGAAUGUUCAAGGUAUCUGUAGAACGCAGCAGUUUAUUCAAAACAAUUGAUAUUUUAUUCUGUUCCCCUCUUACUGUAGAUCUUGAGCCCCCGCGGUGCACGUGCCCCUCACGUCUCACACUGCUGGCGACCUUCAUCGCCGUCUUCAUCAUUCUUUUCAUCUGCUUCGCCAUUUUAGGUAACCUCACUGACAGUAGCGUGCUUAGCAUUGUAGACCCGGGCUGUGUCUGAAAACGUUCCUAGCCUUUUUCACUCAACUCCUCUCAAAGCUCAUUGGGGGAGGAGGUCCCUUGCAUCCUCUCCUCCAAUACGCUUUGAGGAAGCAAAGACAGAGGAAGCAAGGAUUGUAUGGCUAGUAACAUUUUCAGACACAGCCCUGGUUACAAUGUCAUAUCUUAUUACAUUUACAGUCAUUUAGCAGACACUCUUAUCCAGAGUGACUUACAGGUGCAAUUAAGGUUACAGAUUUUACAGGCACCAUGAGGGCACAUUGACAUAUUUUUCACCUAGUCAGCUCAGGGAUUCAAAUCAGCAACCUUUCAGUUACUGGUCCAGCGCUCUAAAACGCUAUGCUACCUGCUGCCCAAGAAAAGACAAGACAAGAUGCAUUUGACAGUAAAAACAAAAAUGUAAGCGUUCAACAUUUUACCUCCUCGCUCACUCUCCUUUGAUUCUUGUUUGUCUCCUCCUCAGUCAAGUUCCUGUGUUUCCCGUCCAACCUGACAGAUAUUGUGCAGCCAUGUGGCAUUAAAGGGAACUGCAGUGUCCCAAUGCUAGUUCUGCUGCCCAAGCAACCCAUCAACCAGACAGGAAACGUCAGUGUAGGUAAUGCCAUCCGAUCCACUGAUACAUCAGAAUUGUAUAGGUCUUCUUGGUACAUUCAAAUGCACAAGCAAUCUGUAGACAACUGACCAAAUGACUGGCUACCACACAAUGACAAGUAACUGAUCCCACAAGUCAUUAUUGUACAAACUGAACAAUGUCUUGCAUAACCGAAUAACGUGUUCAGGUAAUGUCUGUGUUGACAGUGCAUUUGUUGAAGCUCCCUCAGGUUGCCCAGGUCCAGUUGGUACUGGUCGGAAGGCUUGGAGGAUUGUCGGGGGGAUGUUGGCAGAGGACAAGUGGGGCUGGCAGAGCAGUUUACACUGGAGAGGGAAACAUGUGUGCGGGGGAGCCAUCAUCACCCCACGAUGGAUCAUUACUGCAGCCCACUGCUUCAUCCAGUAAGGGGCAAGGAGAGCGAGAGAAUAAAUGCUUUAUUUUUUUUUUACGGUAUCCAUAUUCGGACAGCCUCAACAACUCCUUGUGACUCUGAGGCUGUCCUAAUAUGGAAACUGUAGUUAUUACAUUAGAUAAUAUGUGCCUUCCAUUUCCCUUCAUUCUCCAUACCCCAGGUACAACAUGUUGCAGGAGUCAGAGUGGCAGGUGGUUGUGGACACGCUCAGUUUGACGGACACAUCAGCGGGCCAACGCUACAGAGCACUACAGAUCCUCUAUCACCCAAGCUUCUCCAUAAACAACAAUGACUAUGACCUGGGGCUAUUGCGCACCGUGGCUGACAUAAACAUGGGAGGUGAGAGGAAGGAAUGAUGUUCAGGGGAGGUUAUAUGGCUAUAUGUAUGGUUGCUCCUAUUCUGAUUUCACCUGUUCCUGUUUCGCAUUUGUCAUGUUCAUGGUUUCUCUCAGGCAUGAAAUCUAACUGACAACUUAACACUAUAUCAACACAAAAAGUAUCUCAGUUGGUAGAGCAUGGUGUUUGCAACGCCAGGAUGGCAGGUUAAAUUUUUUAUAUUAAAAGUAGAAUGUGAAAAUACUACCUCACAGGACCGCUUUUGAUUUAACCAGUGAUUCAUUGGAGCUUAUCGUCAGUCAGUAUAGUCAAUGCGCUGCACGAAACAGAAGAAAACUGUCAGAAACUGAGUGGAAUGGGGAGGUACUAUUUGAACUUGUCUAAUAAGAAACUCUUGUUUUCGUUUUUCAUUGCAGGUGAUGUCCUAAUGAACAUGACCCUGGUGUUGUGUUAUGUGUUGUUUUAGGUAGGGUUCGACCAGUGUGUAUGCCGAGUCCUAGAGAGUCCUUCCUUCCUGGUGCCCCCUGUUGGGUCACUGGCUGGGGCGACACUAAAGAGGGGGGUGGUGAGUCACAUUCACAAAUAUUCCCACACCACUUUCUUAUGAUUUUCUCUUCAACUGAUUGGAUGAUCACUCUAAUUUAUUCCGCCUUACUAGUCUUUAUCCUCUCCACUUUUCCCAUAAUCACAUCAAACUGCAUGACAUUUGUUGCAGAAUGAAGACAAUGUUCCCUUCCAUCCCAUAAUCUCAUUCAAUAACCUGACAAUUGUCUCUUCAUUCUCUUCACAUUAUAACACUCCUUCUAUUUGUAUAAUCUCUCCUUCUCCUCUCUCUAUACCACUCCUAUCUUCAUCUGUCUUUACCCAUCCUUUCUCUACUCCGCCUCUGUCUGUCGGUCUGUCUCUCUCUUUCGCCGUCUUUCUCUCUCUCAGGCUCUGUAUCGUCUGAGCUGCGACAGGCUCAAGUCCAGGUGAUAGCCCAGUCCACGUGUUCCCGCCCAAAUGUCUACGGCUCCUACCUCACUCCCAGGAUGCUUUGCGCUGGCACCAUGGAGGGAGGGGUGGACUCAUGCCAGGUACACACACACACACGCACACCAAGAACUGCAAAACAAAAUACUCCAAAUACUGAGGAAUCUGUUUAUUCCAAUGGGAAAGAAAGGACUCUCUGUUACUCCAGAUGUUAACGGCUAUACUUAGCUGGCCUAUGCUCUCCACAUAUCAAAAUGGUUCCCUGUCGAGUAAGUAGGUCUACUUAGCUUGCACCAAAUAGGCCUAUACUGUAUAUGGAAUUACACACAUCUUACAAGAAAACUAACAUCAACAGUGCAUGCAGUGCACCAAUAUGCAUAGACAAAAUAUAAUAUUGAUUGAUUGAUUGAUUCAUGCAUGUACACUGAGUGUACAAAACAUUAGGAACACCUGCUCUUGCCAUGACAUAGACUGACCAGGUGAAUCCAGAUGAAAGCUAUGAUCCCUGUAUUGAUGUCACUUGUUAAAUCGUCUUCAAUCAGUGUAUAUGAAGGGGAGGAGACAGGUUAAAGAAGGAUUUUUAAGCCUUGAGACAAUUGAGACAUUGAUUGUGUAUGUGUGACAUUCAGAGGGUGAAUGGGCAAGACAAAAUAUUGAAUUGCCUUUGAACAGGGUAUGGUAGUAGGUGCCAGGCACACCGGUUUGAGUGUGAAGAACUGCACCGCUGCUGGGUUUUUCACACUCAACAGUUUCCCCUGUGUAUCAAGAAUGGUCCACCACCCAAAGGACAUCCAGCCAACUUGACACAACUGUGGGAAGCAUUGAAGUCAACAUGGGCCAGCAUCCCUGUGGAACGAUUUCGACACCUUGUAGAGUCCAUGCCCCGACGAAUUGAGGCUGUUCUGAGGGCAAAGGCAGGGGGUGUAUGCAUGCAUGCAUUAAUUCAUAUGUGGUCUUCUCUGGUUGUAAGGGAGACAGUGGAGGCCCGCUGGUGUGUGAGACAGGGGAGGGGGACUGGAGGCUGGCUGGGAUAGUGAGCUGGGGAGAUGGCUGUGGUCGGCCCAACAAACCAGGAGUCUACACCAGGGUUACCCAGCUGCUCCCCUGGAUCUACAAAUACGUAGAUGUACAUACAGUAAGGGAAAAAAAUAUUUGAUCCCCUGCUGAUUUUGUAAGUUUGCCCACUGACAAAGACAUGAUCAGUCUAUAACUUUAAUGGUAGGUUUAUUUGAACAGUGAGAGACAGAAUAACAAAAAAAAAUUCAGAAAAUGUUAUUAAUUAAUUUUGCAUUUUAAUGAGGGAAAUAAGUACUUGACCCCUCUACAAAACAUGACUUAGUACUUGGUGGCAAAACCCUUGUUGGCAAUCACAGAGGUCAGACGUUUUUUGUAGUUUGCCACCAGGUUUGCACACAUCUCAGGAGGGAUUUUGUUCCACUCCUCUUUGCAGAUCUUCUCCAAGUCAUUAAGUUUUCGAGGCUGACGUUUGGCAACUCAAACCUUCAGCUCCCUCCACAGAUUUUCUAUGGGAUUAAGGUCUGGAGACUGGCUAGGCCACUCCAGGACCUUAAUGUGCUUCUUCUUUAGCCACUCCUUUGUUGACUUGGCCGUGUGUUUUGGGUCAUUGUCAUGCUGGAAUACCCAUCCACGACCCAUUUUCAAUGCCUUGGCUGAGGGAAGGUGGUUCUCACCCAAGAUUUGACGGUACAUGGCCCAGUCCAUCGUCCCUUUGAUGCGGUGAAGUUGUCCUGUCCCCUUAGCAGAAAAACACCCCCAAAGCAUAAUGUUUCCACCUCCAUGUUUGACGGUGGGGAUGGUGUUCUUGGGGUCAUAGGCAGCAUUCCUCUUCCUCCAAACACGGCAAGUUGAGUUGAUGCCAAAGAGCUCGAUUUUGGUCUCAUCUGACCACAACACUUUCACCCAGUUCUCCUCUGAAUCAUUCAGAUGUUCAUUGGCAAACUUCAGACGGCCCUGUAUAUGUGCUUUCUUGAGCAGGGGGACCUUGCGGGCGCUGCAGGAUUUCAGUCCUUCACGGCGUAGUGUGUUACCAAUUGUUUUCUUGGUGACUAUGGUCCCAGCUGCCUUGAGAUCAUUGACAAGAUCCUCCAGUGUAGUUCUGGGCUGAUUCUUCCGUUUGUGAAUAAUCGCACCAACUGUUGUCACCUUCUCACCAAGCUGCUUGGCGAUGGUCUUGUAUCCCAUUCCAUUCUUGUGUAGGACUACAAUCUUGUCCCUGACAUCCUUGGAGAGCUCUUUGGUCAUGGCCAUGGUGGAGAGUUUGGAAUCUGAUGGAUUGAUUGCUUCUGUGGACAGGUGUCUUUUAUACAGGUAACAAGCUGAGAUUAGGAGCACUCCCUUUAAGAGUGUGCUCCUAAUCUCAGCUCGUUACCUGUAUAAAAGACACCUGGGAGCCAGAAAUCUUUCUGAUUGAGAGGGGGUCAAAUACUUAUUUCCCUCAUUAAAAUGUAAAUCAAUUUAUAACAUUUUUGACAUGUGUUUUUCUGGAUUUUUUGUUGUUAUUCUGUCUCUCACUGUUCAAAUAAACCUACCAUUAAAAUUAUAGACUGAUAAUUUCUUUGUCAGUGGGCAAACGUACAAAAUCAGCAGGGGAUCAAAUACUUUUUUCCCUCACUGUAGCUACAGUAGAUGUACCAAUCACACAGAACUGGGUCAGUGUUUCUCUGAAUGUGCAAAUGCACCACUCCAUGUCAUGAUUUUGACUCUUUUACAGAUGGACACAUUUGAAGAAUCUGGAACCCCAACAACAGUUAAUUAUACCUCUGACAGC